AACGAGGCCCAAAAGUUGCAGAGUGUUUUUAACAACUUGCCCUGUCAAACCCUCUGCUCUGUCAUUCCAUAGUUCAAACUCCAAAAACAUCCUCCGGCCACCAAUCCCUUUAAACUUUCCGGCGAUUCAUCUUCGUUCUCGGAGGAGCAGCCCCCAACCAAUCGUCACCAUGACUUGCGCUUCUCAGGUCAUCCGUCACUGCAGAAAGAUAAGGAGCACUCCCACUUUGAUCAAGCAUGAUUGUGGAGUAUCUGUUCGUUUCUACAGAAGUGACACAAGGCUCUUGACCAGUGAAAGAGAUGAUAUUUCAAGGAUAAGGCAGUCCCAUUUUGUAACCGGUGACAAUCAGAGUGUUUUGAAAUCAUCCCAACAGUCUAGAUCAAGCAUCAGGGAGUUCAACAUGUCUAGAACAGUAUCACUAUUGAGGAGACCAAAGGAAGACAUAUCAGUGGCUGGCAUGUUGCAGAGCAGAGUGUCUCCAUGUUCCCAGAUGCAUUUGAGAAGGGGGUUUUCCGCUAAUGCCGAUCUUCCUCCACACCAAGAAAUAGGGAUGCCGUCUCUUUCACCAACAAUGACAGAGGGAAAUAUUGCUCGGUGGUUGAAGAAAGAGGGUGACAAAAUAUCUCCUGGAGAAGUACUCUGUGAAGUUGAAACAGAUAAAGCAACUGUGGAGAUGGAAUGUAUGGAAGAGGGAUAUCUUGCCAAGAUCCUGCGUGGGGAUGGAGCUAAUGGGAUUCAAGUUGGUGAGGUAAUUGCUGUAACUGUUGAAGAAGAAGAGGAUGUCGCAAAGUUUAAAGAUUACCAGCAUUCAACAUCAGAUGCUGCACCCGCACCAAAAGACCCUUCGCCACCACCUCCUCCCAAAGAAAAGGUUGCCACGGAACCUGCCCCAUCAGAACCAAAAGUUUUAAAACAAAGUACACCUUCAUCGGACCGCACAUUUGCUAGUCCUCUUGCCAGGAAACUAGCUGAAGAUCACAAGGUACCCCUAUCGAAUCUUAAAGGAACUGGUCUUGAUGGACGCAUUGUCAAGGCUGAUAUUGAAGAUUACCUUGCUUCUCAAGGGAAGGAAGCUCCAUCAGCGGUGCCCAAGGUUGAGGCAGGUUUGGAUUACACUGAUAUUCCACAUUCACAGAUAAGAAAGGUUACAGCUGCGCGCUUGUUGCUCUCAAAACAAACAAUCCCCCAUUAUUAUUUGACUGUAGAUACAUGUGUCGACAAGCUGAUGGAAUUACGAUCAAAGCUUAAUGCAUUACAAGAAGCUUCUGGUGGGAAAAAGAUAUCUGUCAAUGAUCUUGUAAUCAAGGCUGUUGCUUUGGCUCUACGGAAAGUUCCUCAAUGCAACAGUUCGUGGACCAAUGAAUGCAUCCGCCAGUAUCACAAUGUCAACAUCAAUGUUGCAGUACAGACGGACAAUGGCCUCUAUGUACCAGUUGUUAGGGAUGCUGAUAAGAAAGGCUUAUCCACCAUCGCAGAAGAAGUGAAGCAUUUAGCUCAGAAAGCAAGAGAUAAUAGCUUGAAGCCAUCCGAUUAUGAGGGUGGCACUUUCACUGUUUCCAAUUUAGGCGGGCCGUUUGGCAUUAAACAAUUUUGUGCCAUUGUUAAUCCUCCUCAGUCUGCCAUUCUAGCAGUUGGAUCUGCUGAGAAAAGGGUUGUACCGGGGUCUGGUACUGACCAAUAUAAGUUUGCCUCUUUGAUGUCUGUGACACUGAGUUGUGAUCAUCGUGUUAUUGAUGGUGCAAUUGGUGCCGAAUGGCUUAAAGCAUUUAAAGGCUACAUCGAGAACCCCGAGUCUAUGUUGCUGUAGUAAAUUGGAGCUCACCUUUUCCAGUCCUCUCCUUUUCAAGCUAAAAACUACAUCCAUUCACAACGGCAAGUUUGCUGUAUUUGCCUGAUUUUAUUAUCAUAGUAGUUUACUGUACAUGACCCCCAUCCCCACCCCACCAAGCAAUUGGCUGAUUUCGUUUCGACAAAUAAGGGGUGUGACAAUUGAAGGCACCCACGAACAAUUGGAUUUUGCAGGGUAGUAUUGUGGUAUUCUUUUUCUUACCAAAAAUCAAGUUGAUAAUAACUGUCCCUUUGAUACUGGCAAAGACCUCAUAGUUUAAUCAUUGAAGUUUGCGGGUAUAUUCAUUAAGGAGCCAAAGUAUUACACAAUGCUCUUUUGUAUUGGGGAACGAAUUGUCACCAAAUGUUCGUGUUUCGUCAAGUCCAUCAAUACAAUGUGCCUCGGGCU